GGCUUUAGAAAUGGACUUCAUUGAAAGAAAUUAUGAAGAUAAGUACGUGUCUCAAGAUGAUGUUCGCUUCGUGCAGUUUCUCUCGGAAACUAUAAUGAAAAGGAAAGAUGGACACUACGAGAUGCCGUUACCCUUCAAAGACAACAGUCAACUGGCACUACCAAACAAUAAGAGGCUGGCCCUUAUUCGACUUCAUCAUCUAAAGAAAAGAUUAAAGGGAAAUAGACAGUACCAUGAACACUACACUGCAUUCAUGGAAGAAACAAUCAGAAAAGGUGAUGCAGAACCAGCCCCUUCAUUAUCAGAGGAAGAGACAGUGUGGUACAUCCCACAUCACGGGGUUUAUCACCCCAAGAAGCCAGACAAGUUAAGAGUUGUCUUUGAUUGUUCAGCAAAGUUCAAAGGCAUCUCCCUAAACGAUACCUUGCUGACAGGUCCCGACCUGAUAAACUCUCUAGUGGGAGUCCUCUGUCGCUUCAGGAAGGAAGCAGUUGCUGUGAUAUGCGACAUUGAAAAGAUGUUCCAUCAGUUCUAUAUCCCCUCAGAAAUGCGCAAUUACUUAAGGUUCCUUUGGUGGGAGAACGGUCAGUUGGAAACAGAACCGAAAGAAUACAGAAUGGCAGUUCACCUUUUCGGUGCCAGCUCCUCUCCAGGAUGUGCCAAUUUCGGCCUUAAGUAUCUUGCACGACAACACAAGUCAGAACAUCCCUCAGCAUCAGCCUUCAUCGAGAAGAAUUUUUAUGUCGACGACGGCCUAACUAGCGUUCCAACAGUCAGCGAAGCUUCGAAUCUAAUCCUCGAAACUCAAGGAUUAUGUAAAAAUGCCGGCCUACGACUGCAUAAGUUCAACUCUAAUAAAAGGGACGUCCUGUCCUGUAUUGCUCCGUCAGAAAGAGCAACAACUAGUGUACCUGUCAAACUUAGCCCAGACUCAACAACAGAAGGACAAGUACUUGGCAUUCAGUGGUCAAUUGAAAACGACACCUUCAGUUUCAGUGCUGACAUAAAGCAUCAACCCUCAACUCGUCGUGGUAUCCUGUCAGUCGUAGCCUCCCUUUAUGAUCCUCUAGGCUUCAUAGCCCCCUUCAUACUGAGUGGCAAGUGCAUUCUCCAAGAGCUUUGCCGCAGAGGCAUCAGUUGGGAUGAAGCACUUCCUGAGAGCUUAUGUCCACGGUGGGAGGCUUGGAAGAGUAGUCUGCAAGCUUUAAGGGAAAUCAAGAUACCCAGAUGUUACCAUCCCCCAGACUUUGGUAACAGAAUGAAAGUGGAACUACACCACUUUUCCGAUGCCAGCAACAUAGGAUAUGGUGCCUGUUCGUACCUUAGGUACAAAAAUGACAGAGAUCAAGUCCAUUGCAGCUUCGUAAUGGCCAAGGCAAGAGUUGCACCAACGAAGAUUGUGAGCAUCCCAAGGCUUGAACUCUCAGCUGCCGUCACUGCAGCAAGGUUGAGUGUCAUGUUGAAGGCAGAACUUGAAAUAGAAGCUGACAAAGAGUUCUUCUGGACAGACUCCCAAGUAGUCUUAGCCUAUAUCAAUAACGAAGCAAGAAGGUUUCACGUGUUUGUAGCCAAUCGUGUUCAACUCAUAAGAGAGAUUACAGAUCCAACCCAGUGGCAUUAUGUGGAUACGACACAAAACCCAGCCGACCAUGCAUCCAGGGGUCUACAUGUAGCGGAUAUCUCCACCUCAAGUUGGUUAUCUGGGCCUAGUUUCCUUUGGAGAUCUGAAGUGCACGCAUCUUCAAGCUCUUCAGCAGAACUAAUUGUAGGCGACCCUGAAGUCAAACCUGUUACAACCCUUGCAUCACAAGCCAAUGAACAAACUGAUACUCUAAAUCGUCUGAGCAGGUUCUCCAGUUGGUCAAUGCUCAUUAAGGUGAUUGCAAGAAUCCGGAGAAUAAAAACGAAGACGUAUCACUGCAGCAAUCUUGUGUCUGUGGAGGAACGUAAGGAGGCCAGGGAGGUAGUGAUAGGUCUAGUUCAACAGCAAGUUUUCCCCCAAGAGCUAAAACUCCUUCAAAGAGGAGAUAGUCUCCCAAGUUCAAGCCCUCUUAGCUGCCUUGACCCCAUUCUGGUUCAAGGACUUCUUCGUGUUGGUGGAAGGCUGUCAAGAUCAACUCUUAGUCAAGAAACAAAGCACCCAGUCAUCCUCCCAAAAGAAGGGCACAUUACCCAGUUAAUCCUGUCCCACUAUCAUGCAGCCAUUCAUCACCAGGGCCGCAGCCAAACUCUAACAGAACUCAGAGCAAAUGGAUUUUGGGUGCUUGGUGGAAGCAAGUCAGUCGCCAAGUUAAUACAUAAAUGUGUACAGUGUCGAAAGCUCCGGCGUCCCACAGAGGAGCAGCGUAUGUCAGAGCUCCCCGAAGAACGCAUAGAAGUUUCAGCUCCCUUUACAUACUGUGGUAUGGACUGUUUUGGUCCCUUUAUCACCAAACAAGGUCGAAAGGAAUACAAGAGGUAUGGUCUAAUCUUCACAUGCUUCUCCUCACGUGCAGUCCACAUCGAAAUGCUUGAAGAUUUAUCUACAGAUUCCUUCAUCAAUGCCUUAAGGUGUUUCAUCAGUUUAAGAGGAGCCGUUUGCCAACUUCACUGUGACCAAGGCACAAACUUCACAGGAGCAAAGAACGAACUUAAAGAAGCCCUGAAGCAAUGUGACACAAAGGCACUAGAAACUUUCCUAGCUGAUAAACAGUGUGAGUUUAUCUUCAAUGCUCCUUCCGCAAGUCAUGCAGGUGGAGUCUGGGAACGUCAAAUUAGAACCAUUCGUAAUGUGCUAAAUGCUACAACAGUCCAAUGUUCAAGUAGACUAGACGAUGCUUCUCUUAGAACGCUAUUUUAUGAAGCCAUGGCCAUCGUUAACAGUCGUCCUUUAACUGUCGAUGGAAUCAAUGACCCCAAGGCGCCAGAACCUCUAACUCCAAACCACCUCAUCCUGAUGAAAUCCAAGGUUGCAUUACCUCCACCUGGGAAAUUCGUAAAGGAAGACGUAUAUGCAGCUAAACGGUGGCGUAGAGUGCAAUAUUUAGCAGAACAAUUCUGGAGUCGGUGGAAAAGAGAAUACCUCAUGAGUGUUUCCACAAGACAGAAAUGGCACACACCUCGACGUAACCUCAAAGUAAAUGACAUUGUCAUAAUCAAAGAUGAUAUGUCUCCCAGAUGCCAGUGGCAACUAGGACGUGUAAUUGAAACUACAAUAGAAAAGGAUGAUCUAGUUCGUCGAGUCAAGGUGUUAGUAGGUGACAGAAGAUUGCAAGAUAAGAAGGACUAUGUAUCAAAACCUUCAAUUAUUGAACGUCCUAUUCAAAAGCUAGUAGUCCUCAUAGAAAGCAAAUAA